AUGUCACGACUUCCCUCACUCGGACGUCGCUACGAUCCGGAAACGGAUCUUGGCUGCGUACAAGUCUACGCCUUUGGCAAACCGAAGCCGAAAGAGGCGCACAACGCCAACACUGAUUCAAAUGUGCUAACAUGUGACAGAUUCAAAAAAUGCUGGGAACAGGUACGGCUACUCUCCUCAUCCCAAUCUCCUCAUCCCACUCUUUUCAACUGCCGUCACUACGCCGAUCAGGGAGAGGACGCUGCUGCGCUCUGA